UCUGCUAGUAUAUUUUGAGUUCGUAAUAAUAGGUUAUGUUGUCCAGUAGCUGAUAUGCCGGGUAUUCUGACCUGAAUGUAUUAUUAAUUGAGUUGUUAGUACAUUAACGACGUGAUAAUGUCCCGUUUUUCUGACGUGUCAUUAAUAAUUACUAUUUCAAAUAUCUGAGCACAUAACCUUGCUGAGCGAAGUCUCCGAUUGAAAAUGUGUAAACAAGGUGUAUUGUUCAUAAAGAUACUGAGAUGCGGAUUACAUGGCCCUAACAUAUUUAAUUCUAGAGCAGGACUUGAAUUAUCCAUUCAAAAAUUUGGUUCUUUUUACCAUCGGAAUCUGAGCUAUAAUGCAGCGAAAUAUACCUAUGCAUUUAAACAUUGUACAAAGCAUUCUUCAUAUUUUGGGAGCAGAAUUGAUAAUUCUAUUUCAAAAAGCUUAGAUAAUGAAUAUUCUACGUUGAAUUACACAGUUAUCGAUCCUGCAAAGAACUUGAAAGGCGUGUUUUAUAAAAAGCAUUCAAAUCAUCAAAUUCAUUUUACACCAUUGUGUCGCAAGUCAAACACAGCGUUAUGCUCUUUAGAUCGCAAUGUUAAAAGUCAUUGUACCAUUAGAAAUUUUUCUACUAUUAAAGAGCAAGUGGUAAAUCAGUCUGCCUUUAAUAAUUUGGCAGACUUGGGUUUUGUUGAGAAGUUCUUAAAAUCAAUGUAUGAAAGUGUGCCAGUAGAGUUUACUCAACGAUCUCUAAUCUCGUUCCAUGAAUUUACUGGAUUACCAUGGUGGACAACUUUCGUUGUCGCAUCUGUCACUUUAAGGACAUUUAUGAUAUUUCCAUUGCAAAUAUAUCAGCACCACAUCAUGGUAAGAUUGGCGAAUAUAAGGCACGAGAUAGAGAACAUCCAACGAAAGAUAUUAGAAAAGACUAAAUCUUCUGCCAUCGUAGAAGGAUGGUCCAAUUUUCGUGCGAAAGCUAUGUUUCGAACUGCUAUGUCAGAAGAAUGGAACAAAUUGGUAGUAAGAGACAACUGUCAUCCUUUGAAGACUAUCAUAGUUUCAUUAGUACAGAUACCAAUGCUUUUAAUGGUAUUCUUUUCAAUUAAAAAUAUAUGUUUCUUGUAUCCACCAGGAAAUGAGAGUGUUCGCCAAGCAUUUUUAGAAUUAACCACUGGUGGUUUCGGUUGGAUUCAAAACUUGGCAGCUGCCGAUCAAACAUUUAUCCUUCCUGUUCUUCUAACUAUUAUGAAUUUAUCUGCGAUUGAGGUAAUGCAUAUGAUGGCAGUUCAAGAUCCUACCCGCCUGCAGAAGUUUGUUUUGUACGGCUGCAGAGUUGCUUGUGGAGGAAUUCUUAUAAUAUCGUGUUAUCUCCCAUCGGGCAUAGUACUUUACUGGUUGAGCAAUAGCACAGUCGGCCUUGCUUAUCACCUGUUGCUGGCUACACCUAAAUUUCGCAGGAUCGUCAGGAUUCCCAAGACGGAUACUGAAAUCAAAUAUCCUUAUACCUUUUUGAAAGAGAAAGCGAAAAAAAGAUUGGGUUUGCCAAAUCACCUGGAUUGAUAAAAUAGAAAGUUGAUUAAGGUGCGAAAUGAUUUGAGUCAAGUAAUAAAUCGUAACUACAUCUAGUAUUUGUGCUGUGUACAAAAAGUUAAAUUUUCUUUAUCGAACUUGAGUUUCAAAUAAUAUAAUUUGCCGUAACAAAUA